UGUUGCUCCCGCCCAGGAGAGGAGACAAAUCGGCCUCCUAAAAAUUUUCAAAUUCGAAAUCCCCUCUUCUUCUACAACCAUGACGAUGACGGUUGGAUUCUUGUCGCUUCCUACAGAACUCAUAUGUCGCAUUCUAACCCUCCUUAACCCCAAGGACAUUAAUCGCUGUGCAAUGACCUGUAAUACCUUUUGCACUGUGGUCUGGAAUUCUGUUGACAUUCAAUACAAGCUUGAACUUUAUGCUCAGGGCUUGAUUAGUACUGAGACUGGUGCCAUGCACUCGAACGGCAUUUCCGGAAAGAUGUGUUCGCUCAAGAAAUUGGCAUUUUUGUGGCGAUCUGACUUUCAAGCGAACACUAUCUUUGAAACCUUGGUUACUGCUGCUACCUUUCCCAUGCCAUCCCAAUUUGUGAAAUGUGGGCUUUGGUGGACAGACCCGGGCAUGACAUUGGACACAUUCCACAUCCAGGACUGUAGAACGGAUCCCAAACUCUCCCGUGCAUGGUCUACAAAUGAUUUAUUUCCACAGCACUGGCCCCCGGGCUUUGUUGCCUUCGAUCCACUGCAGGAUCUUAUGGCCGUAUUUCUGAGCCCCAUUGUAUCACUGUGACCGAUGCAGAACGAGAUCACCAUGUUUUUUUCGGUGGAGUUUCGACUGGCUUCAUCCCAGCGUCCGCAUCCGAAUGCUGUGUGCGCUUCCUUGGAGUGCAAACAUACUUUUGAUGCACCUGGAUAUUACCGUGCUGAUUUUGCGCAGAGCCCCGUAAUCUGUGGUGAUCGUGUAUUUGUCUUUUAUUGCACAGAUGGCGCGGAUGAUGGCACGG